AUGAAUAAGACAUUAAUUGCACUCUUUACAACUGUUCUUCUUGCAACAACAAGCUAUUUGAGUCAAGAAGAUCCCAUGAGAACCCUAUAUUCUGAAUGGAAACAAAAAUACUAAGCAAGAUUUGCCAGCUAAUUUGAAGAUGAAUACAGAUUUGAAAUCUUCAAACAAAAUUACAACUACUAUCAAGAAGUAAACAGCAGACAAUCCAGCUAUAAACUCGGAUUGAAUCAAUUCGCUACCCUUACAGACGAAGAAUUCGAAUCUAUUUACCUCGGUGGUCUUGAUGAUUCUCAUGUUGAAGUUGAAGAAAACAUUACAUCAUUUAACUAUCCUGAAAGUGUUGAUUGGUCAAGAAAAUUGAAUCCAAUCAAGAAUUAAGGAUAAUGUGGAUCAUGUUGGUCAUUCUCUGCAGUUGGUGCUUUUGAAGCAUAUUUCAUCUUUACAAAGGGAUAAUACGACAUAUAUUCUGAGUAACACUUAGUUGAUUGUGACAAAUAUUCAUAUGGAUGUAAUGGUGGUUUUGCAGGAAACGCUAUUGAUUAUUUAAAUAAAAAUGGUGCUAUUUUGGAAACUAAAUACCCAUACAAUGCAAAGGACAACACCUGCUAAUAAGCAACAGGAGAUCCCUUAGCUAGAGGAACUGGAAGAAAAACAUGGUCUACUGCUACUUAAGCUUAUGAGGCAAUUGCUUAAUAUCCCAUUUCUGUCAGUGUCCAUGCUUCAAAUUGGAAAGGAUAUACUGAAGGUGUCUUCUUUGACUGCAUUAACACAUCAACUAACCAUGCUGUCGUAGCUGUUGGAUAUGAUAAAAGUGGAAAUUGGUUAAUCAGAAACUCUUGGGGAACAGGCUGGGGACUCAACGGACACAUCUGGCUCUAAAGCGGAAACACUUGUGGUGUUCUUAGAAGAUUGGACUAAGUUAUUUGAAAAAUAUCAUAUUUUCACAAUUAUCAUAAUACACUAUUUAAU